AUGGCACCAACACUUGCUUACUGGGAUAUUAGAGGACUUGCUGAAAUGUCUCGACUCAUGAUGCAUUAUCACGGCGACGCCUUUGAAGACAGACAAUAUGUGUGCGGACCAGCGCCUGACUUUGAUCGAAGCGAUUGGACCGCCAAGAAGUUCUCCCUGGGACUUGAUUUUCCCAAUCUGCCUUACUACAUGGACGGCGACCUCAAAAUAACGCAAUCUGCGGCUAUUCUUGAAUACCUUGCUGACAAGCAUGACAUGCUUCCACUCUGUAAGAAACGCAAAGCUGAAUUAAGAAUGCUCAAUAACCAGAUCAUGGAUUUCAGAGGCACCUUCGUCUCCCUCUGCUAUAAUCCAAAUUACGAGAAGUUGGUUGAGGGUUUUAGAGCAAAAUUACCGGAUCAUUUGAAGGCCUUUGAAUCGUAUCUGGGUGAUAAGAACUGGCUCAGUGGGGAAAGCAUAAACUUUCCCGAUUUCAACCUGUGUGAAUUAUUGAACCAAUUGGUGAUGUGGGAUUCCACGUGUCUUGACGCCUACCCCAAAUUGAAGGCCUAUCUCAAACGCUUUGAGCAAUUGCCAAAUAUUAAAACGUAUAUGGAAUCGGAAGAGUUCAGGAAACGUCCGUGCAACAAUAAGCAAGCAAAGUGGGGCGCUGGUGCUAAAAAAUAA